AUGCGAACCACUCCCGCUCUGGCUCUCGUAGCCGCCUUUCUCGCCUCGUCUGCCGUCAGCGCUCUCACCCUGCCUCAAGCCGGACUUGAGCAGACUCAGGUCCACCUUCACCGCAGGACCUGUCACAAGGCUGAAUCCUACAAGAAGCGUCAUCACCAACACGACGACGGCGCAGCUGCUCCUCAGCCAUGGAAUGCUCCGGCUGGCGAUUCUGCUGCUCCGCAGCCGAUGGCUCUUUCAGCUGGUGGUGAUACGUCGGCUCCUCAGCCAGAUACUUCUGCUGCUGAUGCAAGUGCCCCUGUUCCUCAGCCAGCCGCUUCUGCCGCCGGGGGCGAUGCAACCACUCCUCCCCCCGCGGCUGCUCAGCCCUGGACCAUCGCGACUGGCGCGGACGAUUCGCAGCCCAAGAAGAUGCACAAGAAGAAGGGCAAGUGCGCUCUCAAGUCCAAAGGCCUAGGCCAAGACACUAGCACCACGCCUCCUCAAGCAGGCGGUAAUCAGAGCACCGGGCUGCCCCCGGUCACGGGCGUUCCUGGUGCCGACCAGGGUGCAGAUGGAAGCCAAGAUGCUCCCGUCGAUGCUGGUGCCGACACCUCGAAGGGUGGUCUUCCCUCGGGCAACAACGGUGCUGACCUUGUAACGAACCCCGAGGACUACUCGAACGGCGAUCAGUUUGGCGCCAACCCUGGCGGUGCUUCUCCACGAGGUGACGAAGGCGUUGGCGACCAGAACGCUCCCGCUCAACCCGGCUCGGGAGCACAGGGUAGCGGUGGUACCGCGCCUGGAGGGUUUUCUGGCAAGUCUUGGGGUGCGGAGGGUCCGGAUGGCUAUGCUGGUGAUGAUCAGUCUGGCGCUGGCAAAGACGGCAGCGCGGAUGAAUCAUCUGAACAGGACGGUAAGGGUGCCAGUCAGGACAAGCUUGGCGACCAAGACCAAGACCAAGACACCGACGGCUCCGACGGCGGUUCCACUGGCGACGAGAUCAACAGUGCUCAAGGUAAAGGUGUGCUUUGCAAGGGCACGCGGGGCAGCACUACGCUCCCGCGCAACGGCAAGGUUAAGCCCAACUGGUUCAGCCCGGACCUCAUCCACCACGGGCCGGGCACCCAAUUUGGCGAUGCCGGGCUGUGGGACGGAGGCGCAUGCAUGUUUGACGGUAUGCCGCACCACAACCUGCCGUCUGUGGCGAUGGACCAGUCGUUCUUCCAGGACGGCUUGGCGUGCGGAACGUGUGUCGAGAUCGGCUCGACGAGUGCGUCGCUCUUCAGCAACGCUGCGCACUGGACGGUCGAGACGCCUAAGAAGGGCACGCUCCCCGCGGGAAAGAAGACGGUUGCGAUCGUCAGCGAUCUGUGUCCCGGCGUCGACCAGUGCUUCUCGGGUCUCGACAUGCAUCUGGAUGCGUGGAACAGCGUGACGAACAACGCGGGCGGCAGCAAGCUGCCCAUCAACUGGAGGUUCGUCAACUGCAAAGAGGCGUUCGAGAAGAACAACAGCGGCGUGAAGCACAUGCAGAUCCACUGGAGGAACGGCACUACGCCUGGCUUCUUCGAGGUCCAGAUCCGCGGUAACCACGAGGCUGUGGUGCGCGUCGAGAUGAAGUGGGCCCACAAGGGAUGGUCCGAGGCGACGUUGAAGGACAGCACUUGGUGGCAGUGGGUGCUGCCGUACAACGAUCAGCAGAAUUUGAAGGACACCACCGCGAUCAGCUUCCGCCUCACCGACUGGCAGGGCGAGACCAUCACCUCGGACAAGACCACCACCAUGGGCACCGAUCUGUUCUUCCAGACCAACUUUGACCGCGUCGCCGACUUGGAGCAGCAGGCGUAG